CAAAUCUGCCCUUACUAUCUGGUAUUUAAAGUGUCAAAGGGCACUUCAAAUGUUGCGGAGACCAAAACAAAGUUCAUCAUUCCCCCCCACAGAGAAAACAACCACCACCUCGAUCGCCAAAAUCUAAAGCCAAGUCCCAGCGGUUAUGGAAGAACCCACUUUAUUCCAAAAUUCAACUACACCAGACUUCUCCCCUGAAUCAUCAUCGUUUGGUUGCUGGGACGACCUUCUUCCUGACUACAAUAUUUCCAUUCCUUUCAACUUCAGUGACUUAGACGAAAUGAUUUGGAUGGAUUCUUUGGGUGAUGGACCCAAGGAAUCCACGGAGUCCAGCUCCACCAACAGUGUGAGGGAGGAAGAGGUCACCUCUGACGCUAAUCAUCCCAAGAAGGAAAAAAGUUACAGAGGGGUGAGGAAGAGGCCCUGGGGGAAAUACGCCGCCGAGAUUAGAGACUCGACCAGGAAUGGCGUCAGGGUCUGGCUUGGAACAUUUGACAGCGCCGAAGCGGCCGCCAUAGCCUACGAUCAAGCCGCAUUUUCGAUGAAAGGGUCAUUGGCUACUCUGAAUUUCCCGGUGGAAGUGGUGAGGGAAUCGCUUCAGGACAUCAAGUAUCGAUGUGAGGAGGGUUGCUCCCCUGUUGUGGCUCUUAAAAAGAGGCACUGCUUAAGGAAAAGAUCCAAGUCCACCAACAAAAACACCAAACAAAACGUGGCCCCAACGCCAUUGCAACAUCAAAAUUUAGUGGUGUUGGAGGAUUUAGGAGCUGAUUACUUGGAACAGCUUCUAACUUCAUGUGAAACGGAGACUAAUGUUCCUUGGUAGAAUUUCUCUCUGUCUCUUAACUUUUUCUUUUCUUUUCUUCGUCUCAUUGAAUCCGGGGAGGUCGCAACUUUUGUUGAUGGAGGGUGAAUUUUAGAAGUGCUCAAUCUUGUUCCAUAUUUCAUCUUAUCUGAUUUUUUGUUUUAAAUUUUUUUUUUUCCCUUUUUCUUGUAAAGUUGAAAUUAACUUUGGAAAAUGUAGAUAAAAUUCACCUUUCA